AUGCAAGCUAAUAUUUGCUAUGACACUUUGGCUUGGGUUCUCUUUGACGUAGUAGAAUACCAUUUCCUUACCUUGCUCUGUCAUGGUUUGAUAAGUUGCUCUGGCUGGAUUUUUUUGUGGAGCAACGCUAGCGCCUUCAUUCACAAAUCUGCACCACACAUUCCGAAAGUUCACAUCCCCGAGAAACCUGUAUUGGAGUUUGCCACUGGUCUUAGGAAUGAGAUCAACCGUGCCUUUGUAGUUCUGACGGAAAUUGUAGCUGGAAGGGAUCUAAAGAUGUUCCUUAUGGAUAAGGGAUCAUUUAACAAAUCUUGGAUGCUGCACGAAGUUGUUGAUAUGCCAAAUUAUAUAUCAUCAUAUAUCUCAAUGAUNCGUGCAUUUAACAAAUCUUGGAUGCUACACGAAGUUGUUGAUAUGCCAAAUUAUAUAUCAUCAUAUGUCUCAAUGAUAUUAUCUAGGAUUGUAAGUUCUUACUGGAUCAUCGUAAUAGUUAUUGGGACAUGCGUUUUUGUGGUGCAUGGACUCGUAUACGAAGAUUGA